UUUAUAGUGAUUUCCACGUCGCCGAUUACUAUCCUACUUGCUAGAAUAAUAGAGAAUUAAUAUUCAUUUCCGAUAUAAUUUCUAUAUUUGUGCAUUUAAUUAUUUGCAAUGGGUGGUUUGCUCAGCUACUUCUCUGCCUUGUUUGGAAGUAAAGAGCGAAGAAUUCUUAUUCUUGGCUUAGACGGUGCAGGGAAAACAACUAUUUUAUACAGGCUACAAGUAGGAGAAGUUGUUACCACAAUACCAACCAUUGGUUUUAAUGUGGAGACUGUAACAUACAAGAAUCUAAAAUUUCAAGUUUGGGACCUGGGUGGACAGACAAGUAUUAGGCCCUACUGGAGAUGUUAUUAUUCAAAUACAGAUGCCAUUAUCUAUGUUGUUGAUAGUAUGGACAGAGAUCGUAUUGGCAUCAGCAAACAAGAACUAGUUUCUAUGUUAGAGGAAGAUGAGCUGAAAAAAUCAGUGCUUGUUGUCUUUGCUAAUAAGCAAGAUAUAGAAGGUGCCAUGACAGUGACAGAAGUUGCUAAUUCUUUAGGUUUGCCUGCAUUGAAAAAUAGGAAAUACCAGAUUUUUAAAACUUCAGCUAUCAAAGGAGAAGGUUUGGAUGAAGCAAUGGAGUGGUUAACCAACACUUUAGUUCAAGCCAAGUAAAGGAUACACAUGAUGUAUGGGUGAAAGUCUUUGGUUUAAUUUUCUUCUGAAUAAUUUUGAUAGUUGUGUGCGUAAGUUUAAAAAAUUAUGGAAUUUAUGAAUCAAAGUUAUGUUUAAAAUUUUUUAAACAACCAUAUAUUUAUUCCAUUGACAACCUAAGUUCAAUGUAAAGCAUAAAGGCUCUCAGUUGUCUAUCAAAACACAGUGGGUGAUUAGAAUGUAUGAUGAGCCCUAUUUAUUGCUACCAACAGUUGUGUGAAUUGAAGAAAGCUCUGUGAUAGGUUUGUGUGAGAGAAUGAUUUUGUGGAUAUUAUUUUGUCACAAAACAAAGUUUUAAAAUUGUAUUAUAUAUAAAACAAAAUAAAAUGUCCCUGCUCUUCAUUUCUGAAUCACACUAGUACGUGGGAGGUUAAAUGUUGUAGUUGUAUUUUGUUUUGAAACAAAGGAACGGUUUGAUUAUGCGGUUUUAAAAUAUAGAUACUUCAUUCUCUUGUGUUAAUAUUUUUCAUAAUAGAUGUUGAAUUAUUUAUGUAGUGUUGUGACAGAUUUGAAGUUCUAUCAUAUUUUAAUAUGCAUUUAUAUAUAUAUAUAUAUAUAUAUAUAUAUAUACAUAUAUAUAUAUAUAUAUAUAUAUAUAUAUA